CUAUAUAUGAGCAAAUACCACAAAUCGUCAAAUCGUGUGUAUACACUACUUGACACACAUGUUUAUAUAUGUUUUCAGCAGCAAAUGGCCGACGACUGGACUCGAAACAUUGUUUGCCGUUACUACAAAAAUGGCCUGUGUCGAGAGGGUGAUAACUGCCGGUAUCGACAUACAAGUCAGCAGUCUGGUGAGCAAGAUGAAAUGACUGAUGUUAGUGAGUCGAACAACAACACCAACACCUCCGAGCAAGGGGCUAGCCAGGUUCCUUGUCGCUUUUUUAAAUGGGGAACCUGCAAGUUCGGUAACCGCUGUCGUUAUGGCCACGCAUCCUCCACCAGCUCUGGAAUGUCAGCAGUCCGUUCUGAUGCCAGCCAGGACAUUGACUCAUUAUUAAGUUCAACCUCGUCUGCUGCAGCAUCUUCUCUCACAGACGCUGCUCACUCAUCCUCGUCCUUUUCGAAUACAAAUAAUUAUGAACCAACUGAGUGGGUCAAAGCGCCAGUUUUCGUACCAAACACCCUAACUGGUAUGAAUUGUGACCUUGAAGAUGGAGAUGACAGCAACAUUGAUAUGUCGUCGAUCAAAACAACUAAACCAGAAUCUUACGCCAGAGCGGUUAAUAAUACUGGGCAAACUCUAAACCCAGCCUCGGAACCUCUUUGUCCUUAUGCAGAAUCAAGUGGAGUAUGUAAAAAACUCGAGUGUCCUUACUUACAUGGAGAUAUUUGUGAUCUUUGUGGUAGUGCUGCCCUUCAUCCCUUCAACAAAGAACGUCGACAGCAACAUACAAGUGCGUGUAUAAAACAACAUGAGGCUGAUAUGGAGGAGUCAUUUGCUAUCCAGCGUAGCCGCAGCAAAGCCUGUGGAGUUUGUUUCGAAGUGAUAAUGGAAAAAACGUCACGUGAGCAGAGGAGAUUCGGUAUCUUGCCGAACUGCAAUCACUGUUUUUGUCUGAGCUGCAUUAGAAAAUGGCGACAAGCUAAGCAAUUUGAUAACAAAAUUAUACGCUCGUGCCCGGAAUGCCGGAUUUCGUCAGACUUUGUUUGUCCCAGUAUCUACUGGGUGGACACUAAAGAAGAAAAGGAGAAACUUAUUGUCGAGUAUAAAGGAGCGCUGAGUCAGAAGGAUUGCAAAUACUUUAAUAAGGGCCAAGGAAAAUGUCCCUUUGGCAAUAAAUGCUUCUAUCUUCAUGCCUUACCUGAUGGAACUAAAGCUGAUGUUGGUCCACCAGCACGUCAAGCUUCUCAUUCUAGCGGUGAAAUUGAUUUCCUUCAGCAAUUAAUAUUGUGGAAUUUUCUGGAAGAAAGAGACAACCGUUGGAUUUACAUGGAUGAUCAUGACGAGGUUGUCGUUUUGUUCUCAGAUUCUGAAGAUUCCGUCUGGUAA